AUGCCGGCGUCUAUGGAUUCUCCAUCUCCAAAGAGGCUUCGCUCUAAAAAUGAAGACGAAUCUGCCGACAAGGAUCGGAUUAGCUGUUUGCCCGAUGAUGUUGUAGGCUCUAUAUUAUCCCUUUUGAGAUCUAGAGAAGCACAGGCGACUUGUCUUCUUUCCAGAAGAUGGAGGCAUUUGUCUACUUGUCAGGUCACCAACCUUGAUUUCGACUGGUCUGACUUGUUGGACGAGAUGAAAGGUAACCCUGAGUUGGCAGAAAAGGAGAGGGCAAGAUACGUGGCAUGGGUGGACAAUGUCUUGCAUCGUCACAGCGAAGGAUUCCAUUUGCGUAGAUUUGCGUUAUACUUUGACCUGAAUAUCUCGUAUAAGUCUCACAUCGACCGGUGGAUUCGUUUUGCAUUGACAAAACGAGUUAAAAUUCUCAAACUAGAUUUCGAGCCCGUGUGUGUGAAGGAUUUGAGGCGUGAUUGUGACCCUAGUCGCUUGCCAUAUCCAUUGGGGCAUGAGAUACUAAUGGAUGUUGAUAUAGGGUGCUCACGACGAGCUCCGGGUCAAAGUAAUUUUGGCUGGAACUCUUCUAGUUCUUGGCAUGUUGAAUUUAAGUAUCUCGAAGAGCUCUACUUGAAUCGAGUAAGUGUGGAGGAAGAACUCAUUGAGCAACUACUUGCCAAUUGUCCGGUUCUAGAGCGAUUGGUUUUGGAGCAUUCUCCUACUUUGAAUAGGUUGAGAGUCUCUGGCCAAUCACUGAAGCUGAAGCACUUGUGCAUAGCAUAUUGUAAGGAUCUUGAUCGCGUCGAGAUUUAUGACACGGGCCUUGUGUCCUUCACUUUCAUGGGAUGUGAAAUUCCUGUGUUUGGACAAGCUCCCGCAACUAUCUGAUGUGUUUAUUAGGAAAUCUCAUUCGGUGCUUGUGCAUAGGACCUUGUCUCAGCUUUCGAAUCUUUUUUGUUUGCAAAUUCUCAAACUUCAAUUUUCUGAUU